AUGGCUCAUCUCCGCGACAAUUCCGCGGUCCCUUCUCGGACGCCCCUGGGAUUGCCGUCGAGUGCACUGAAACCUUACUCUUGCGUGGUUUGCCACAAGAGGAAAGUCAGAUGUAAUCGUGAGGAGCCAUGCUCAAACUGUGCCAAGGCCAGUGUUGAGUGUAUUUACCGUCCGCCGGCGCCCCCGAGGCGCCGCAAGAGAGAGCGCGAUGGAAGCCGAGGCGCGUCUCAAGAACGAGAGAAGUCAGCUCGGCGAAACAGCAGAGAGCCAUCGUAUGGGGGUAAUACAGCACAACAUGCUUCUCCAGCCAGGAACUUGUCGAACGGUGCCGAAACAAGCCGAAGCGGGUCCGGAAGGAUGAUCAUGAGGGAAGGCAACUCAGUCUACCUUGACAAUACUCUUUGGACAAGUGUGAGCCAUGAGCUCCCAGAUGCGGCGGAAGUACUAGGCGAUGCUGCAGAUGAUAACAGCGACAAUGCAUCGCAGGACGAAGAAGAUAUUUCAUCCAUGCUGCUGAGCCAUGGUUCACGAGAAGGCCUUGCAGAUUUGCACCCCAACCCGUUACACAUAUUCAAGCUAUGGCAGACGUUUCUUGAGAGAGUCAACCCGUUGACGAAGAUCGUGCAUGCACCGACUGUUCAGCAGCAGAUACUGGAAGCUAUGAGUGACUUAAAGCAAGUCAGCAAGGACUUUGAGGCAUUGAUGUUUUCUAUCUAUUGCAUCUCCCUAAUUUCACUCCAGGCUGGAGAUGUCGUGAAGGCAUUUGGCGAGAGCAAAAAGAAGCUUCUCUCAAGAUGCCGACGAGGAGCACAGCAGGCAUUUAGAAAUGCCUCUUUCCUUCGCACAUCAAGUACAGUGGUUCUUCAAGCAUUCAUCCUAUACUUGCUGUCAAUGCGAGCAUUCUCCGAUCCACAUACUAUCUGGUCUUUGAGUGGCGUUGCAUUACGAAUGGCACAGAGGAUUGGCAUUCACCGGGAUGGCUCUGGCCAUGGGCUUUCAAUCUUUGAAACCGAGAUGCGACGCCGUAUCUGGUUUCAACUCAUGAUUCUAGACGCAACAUCAGCGCAAUUCUGUGGAGUCGCUGCAGGUCCAUUCGUGGACUCAGCUGAUACCAAACCACCAAUGAAUGCAAACGACAGUGACCUGGAUCCGCGCAUGACAGAGCCCGCAUGCGAAAAAGAGGGCCCUUCUGAGAUGAUUUUCUGCUUGGCUCGCAGUGAGUUUGGGAAAUGGCUCCGUCGCUGGAACACUAAUACCGGCGGGUCUGGUUCUCCGUGGGCUUUCCUGUCAUCCUCAACGCUGUCGCUGAGCGAAAAGGAUCGGUGUAUUGAUGAGCUGGAAGAUAUCAUGGAACAGAAGUUCCUGAGAUAUUGUGAUCAGUCAAUCCCUCUACACCUGGCUACAACGAUGAUGGUGCGCUCAUCCAGUCACUAUACCAGGCUGAUGGCCCAUCAUCCUCGCCAUUAUCACGACUCGGGUACUCGUAUACCCCAGUCUGAGAAAGAUGUCAUCUUUGGCCAUUGUUUGAAGAUGGCAGAGUAUGCCGACUAUGCUCAAACAAACCCCGAUGUCCAGCGCUUUUCAUGGCACAUGGUCAACCACAUGCCAUGGGAUGCUAUGAUCUUUAUGCUGUCCGAGAUGCGAAACAGGACCAACCCGGAAGAGAAAGACAAAGUCUGGGAAAUCGUUGGCAGUAUCUAUGGCCGUCAUGUCCGACAGAUAGGAAAAAAUUCCCAGAUGCCUCUUCAUAAGGCCCUACAACACUUGUUUGUCAAGGCGUGGAGAGCCUACGUUGACGAUUGUAACCAGCACGGUCGCACACCAAGACCUUGUCCGACAGUGAUUGAGGUAAAUAAUGCUCCGGUUCAAGAACCACCGAGCCAAUAUGCAUCAAACGUCCCAUUUGAUACCGGGACCGAGAACAUGGAUUUCCUUCUUGGUGAUAGUCCAAUGGAUUGGAGCGAAUGGGACCACCUCUUGAAUCAAUUUCAAGAAUCACUCGUGGACGACAUGACGCUGAUGCCGGGAGCUGUAUGA